CCCGACUUGCGCCGUACAGCUGGACUGUGGAGCGGCGGAACGGAAACACUGUCUGCUGGAAUCUUGCAUUGAAUACUCUUCAUCAUACUUGUGACCACGAGAAAUCGCCGGCUGCCUCGUUUUUGAGCAUGAUUUUGGAAUACAGGACGGGACUUAUUUUUUACUUGUGUUGGAUACGAUAUUCUCAUGGGAUGCCUCAUGUUAUUCGAAUUGGUGGAAUCUUCGAACUAGUGGAAAGUGGCACUGUGGGAGCAGAAGAGUUGGCCUUCAAAUUUGCCGUCAAUAACAUCAACAGGAACAGGACACUGCUUCCCAACACAACUCUGACCUACGACAUUCAAAGAAUAAACAUCUACGACAGUUUUGAAGCAUCCCGAAAAGCCUGUGAUCAGCUGUCCUUGGGAGUGGUGGCGAUAUUCGGGCCGUCUCAUAGCUCCUCAUCCAAUGCCGUUCAAUCCAUCUGCAAUGCGCUGGAAGUUCCUCAUAUCCAGAUCCGUUGGAAGCACCAUCCCAUAGACAACAGGGACUCCUUCUACACCAACUUUUAUCCCGACUAUUCCUCGCUGAGCUAUGCCAUUCUGGACCUGGUGCAGUUCCUGAAGUGGAGGACGGCAACCGUGGUCUAUGAUGAUAGCACUGGUCUCAUACGUUUGCAAGAGUUGAUAACAGCUCCCUCCAGGUACAAUAUCCGGCUGAAAAUUCGCCAGCUUCCCAUCGACUCGAGCGACACCAGGCCCCUCUUGAAGGAGAUGAAGCGAGGACGGGAAUUCCGCAUUAUAUUCGACUGCAGCUUCACAAUGGCGGCUCAGAUCCUGAAACAAGCGAUGGCAAUGGGUAUGAUGACCGAAUACUACCACUACAUUUUUACAACUUUGGAUCUCUUUGCCCUCGACUUGGACUCCUACCGCUACUGUGGAGUGAACAUGACAGGAUUCCGAAUUUUAAACACUGAAAACUUGCAUGUCACAUCAAUCAUUGAAAAGUGGUCCAUGGAGCGGCUCCAAGCACCGCCCAGCGCAGAUUCCGGACUGCUCGAUGGCAUAAUGACGACAGAUGCUGCUCUGACAUACGAUGCAGUUCAUAUUGUAUCAAUGUCCUACCAACGAGCUCCUCAGAUGACGGUUAACUCGUUGCAGUGCCAUCGGCACAAACCUUGGCGAUUCGGGAGCCGUUUCAUGAACUUCAUAAAAGAGGCUCAAUGGGAAGGAUUAACAGGCCGAAUCAUAUUUAACAAAACCACUGGACUACGCACCGAUUUUGAUCUGGACGUCGUCAGCCUGAAGGAAGAUGGACUGGAAAAGGUUGGAACCUGGGAUCCAAUCAAUGGCUUAAAUAUCACCGAGAUGUCCAGAAGCAGAAGAUCGAACAUAACCGAUUCGCUGACAAAUCGCUCACUGAUUGUGACCACAGUCCUGGAGGAACCAUAUGUCAUGUUCAAGAAGUCUGACAAGCCACUCUCUGGCAACGACCGCUUUGAAGGGUACUGCAUUGAUCUGCUGAAGGAACUGUCCAGUAUCCUGGGAUUCGUUUACGAAAUUCGACUGACACAAGAUGGAAAAUAUGGAACUCCUGAUGAGAGAGGCCAGUGGAACGGCAUGGUGAAGGAUCUCAUUGACCAUAAAGCUGACCUUGCCGUCGCUCCGCUCACCAUCACCUACGCCCGGGAGAAGGUCAUUGAUUUCUCUAAGCCCUUCAUGACGUUGGGGAUCAGUAUUUUGUACCGAAAAUCGAAUGGAACAAACGCUGGUGUCUUCUCCUUCCUCAACCCUCUCUCUCCAGAUAUAUGGAUGUACAUCUUAUUGGCCUACUUUGGAGUCAGUUGUGUGCUCUUUGUCAUAGCCAGGUUCAGUCCAUAUGAAUGGUAUGAUGCUCAUCCUUGCAACCCUGGGUCUGAUAUAGUGGAGAACAACUUCACCCUGUUGAACAGCUUCUGGUUUGGAGUUGGAGCUCUUAUGCAGCAAGGGUCGGAGCUGAUGCCUAAAGCCCUUUCGACCCGGAUCAUCGGUGGGAUCUGGUGGUUUUUCACUCUCAUUAUCAUCUCGUCCUACACGGCAAACAUGGCAGCUUUCCUCACCGUCGAGCGAAUGGAAUCCCCCAUCGAGUCCGCUGAUGACCUGGCUAAACAAACAAAAAUAGAAUACGGAGCAGUCAGAGAUGGAGCCACCAUGAUCUUCUUCCAGAGAUCUAAGAUUUCCACUUUCGAUAAGAUGUGGGCUUUCAUGAGCAGUCGGCAGCAAACAACCCUCGUUAAGUCCAAUGAGGAGGGAAUCCAGCGAGUUCUCGCCGCCAAUUAUGCUUUUCUAAUGGAAUCCACCACCAUCGAAUAUGUCACGCAGAGGAACUGCAACCUGACCCAGAUUGGAGGGCACAUUGACUCGAAAGGCUAUGGUAUCGGAACUCCCCUUGGUUCGCCGUAUAAAGAAAAGAUAACAAUCGCAGUGCUGCAGCUUCAGGAGGAUGGCAAGUUGCACAUGAUAAAAGAGAAGUGGUGGCGAGGCAGUGGGUGCCCUGAGGAAGAGAACAAGGAGGCUAGUGCCCUGGGGAUUCAGAACAUCGGAGGCAUCUUCAUUGUGCUGGCAGCAGGCCUGGUGCUGUCUGUGUUUGUGGCGAUAGGGGAGUUCAUUUACAAACUACGCAAAACCGCAGAACGUGAACAGAGAUCCUUGUGCAGCACCAUGGUACAGGAGCUCCAGCUGUCUAUGACGUGCCAGCGGAGGGUGAAACACAAACCUCAGGCACCAGUCAUGGUAAAGACCGAAGCAGUGAUCAACAUGCACACAUUCAACGACCGACGGCUGCCAGGCAAGGACAGUCUGGGCUGCAACACUGGGCUGUCUCCAGUGUUCCCCUAGGGAGGCGUGCAUGCGAGACCUGUGUGCCGGGAGCAGUAUCGGCGCGCUCUGGCACCGGAUGAGGAGAACGGCUGAGGAGCUUGGUUUCAGAGACAGGGCCUGUCGGACAUUGGCGGUGUGUGUUUGGAAAAUGGCGCCAAAACCACAGAGCAUGGACAAUGCGAUAUGCAAUGCAUGGAUAAACAAAAAAAACAAAAAAAUAACAUCACAAGGCUGCAGGUAGUGUUUCUGAAACUUGAAGCAGGGACGUAAAAAUGCAAAGAGUAAACGCGUGGGGAAAUUCAUUGCUGACCCAUCGGAAGAAAUGGAACCAGGGAUUGCAACAAUGCAAUUAAACCUUGGUGGAACCUCCAGCAUGGCAAUAAGAGUUUGGUGUUGGUUUUGACUCCGACAAGAGGCAUCUGUGGAUAUUGAUUUCAGAUACGCUGCUCACAAUCUGCUCAUUCAAGGGUGCAAUUGACCAUUUUACACAGCAUGGGAAGUUGCUGUCAUGCCUUGGCAGCUGUUUCUCCCUUAUCUGUUACCUCAGUGCUGUGUGUGCUUCCGUCUUUGCUGUCGAGCGAGAACUAAUAGACAGAGCUGGAGGUGAACACUGCCUCCAGAGAAACUGAGAACGGGGGGAGGGAGGGGGAAACAAACAUCUAAACGGAAUGGACUAAACAGAUAUCACCACGACAAGCAGCGUAUAAAAAAAUGUAGUUGUUUUCAUAUUUUGUGUCCAGUUUUUUAUCUAAUUGUUUAAUUUGUGCUUGAUUAACAGAAAGAACACGUAGAUGUCUUUUUAUCAAAUGAAAGGUUCGGGAGGGAUUUACAGUGUGAACAAAACUUUGAUUCAGUAAAAGUUACCAAAGAACUAUCUGCUUACUGGAGGUAGUCCGUGGCGCAUCUGUUGAUUUUAUUUUAAAUAGCCUUCAGGUUUGUUUCUGAAAUCUGUACUCUGAAGUUUCUGAUCACUGAGCCACAGACUGCUUCUGGUCUUUUGCAGGCAUCGAUAUCUGUAAGCAUCCCAAUAGUUGGUUGGUUGGAGAUUGAUCCAUGCAAAGCAUAUGUCCUUAGGCUAGAGGUGGUAGACUUGCAACAAAUGACCGAUUCUCCUGCCCGAUGCCACGUUGAGCAAUUGCAAGGAUAUCUGCUGUAAUUUGGUACGGGCUCUCUGAGGCCCAGAUUUAGUUUAGUUUAGAAAUAGUGUGGAAACAGGCCCUUCAGCCCACCGAGUCCUCGCUGACCAACGAUCCCCACACACUUACACUAUCCUACACACACUAGGGACAAUUUACAUUUAUACAAAGCCAAUUAACCAGCAAACCAGUACGUCUUUGGAGUGUGGGAGGAAACCGGAGCACCCGGAGAAAACCCACGCAGUCACAGGUAGAACAAGGAAAAACGCCGUUCAGACAGCACCCGGAGGCAGGAUUGAACAUAGGUCUCUGGCGCAGUAAGGCAGCAACUCUACUGCUGCAUCACUGUGCCGCCCAUAACAUCCUCACGUAUACAUCCAGCCCACUACAGCUUCAUAAGUUCAUAGGUUAUAGGAGCAGAAUUAGGCCAUUUGGCCCAUCAAGUCUAGUCCAUCAUACAAUCAUGACUGAUCUAUCUUUCCCUCUCAAUCCCAUUAUCCUACAUUCGCCCCAUAACCCCUGACAUCUGUACUAAUCAAGAAUUUGUCAAUCUCCGCCUUCCAUUCACUUGGCCUCCACAGCCGUCUGUGGCAACGAACUCCGCCACCCUCUGACUAAAGAAAUUCCUCCUCUUCUCCUUUAUUAUGAGGCUGCAGCCUCUAGUCCUGGACCCUCCCACUAGUGAAAAUAUUCUCCACAUCCACUCUAUCCAGGCCUUUCACUUUCAAUGAGGUCCACCCUCUAACUAAAGCUGAGCAAAUAUCUAUUUAAAAGAUGCAGUUUUCUCUUUCUUUUUAUUCCCAAUUAUUUAUUUUCAAUGUAGAAAAAAAGAACUGCAGAUGCUCUUUGAUACGAAAGGUAGACACAAAAUGCUGGAGCAACUCAGUGGGUCAGGCAGCAUCUCUGGAGAAAUGGAUGGGUGAAGUUUUGGAUCGGGACUUCUUAUUCAAACUGAAGGAUUGUCAGGAAGUCUUAAAAUAAAAUCGUAAGACUUAAAAUCUAGUUUUAAAUACAAUAAUAUUCCACAAUAUUUUAAAAAAAGGGAAGAAUUCAGCCCGAAGAAGGGUCCAGCCUGAAAUGUCACCCAUCCUUUUUAUCCCGAGAUGUUGCCUGACCCACUGAGUUACUCCGGCACUUUGUGUCUAUCUUUGGCACGAAAUCUUUCAUAUUUAUUCUUGCUCAUGCUGUAACACCCCUCAUGGUUGGUAUUGUAAAUGUGGUCAUUUGUAAAUCAUGCCACUCUUUGAACUAAAUAUUUUCGUUUAGUUUAGAGAUACAAUGCGGAAACAGACCCUUCGGCCCACCGAGUCCAUGCCGACCAGCGAUCCCCGUAUGCUUACACAAUCCUGCACAAUUUACAAUUUCACCGAGACAAUUAACCUACAAACCUGUACGUCUUUGGAGUGUGGGAGGAAACCGGAGCUCCUGGAGAAAACCAAUACAGGUCACAGGGAGAAUGUACAAACUCUGUACAGACAGCACCCAUAAUCAGGAACAAACCCAGGUGUCUGGUGCUGUAAGGAAGCAACUCUAUCGCUGUUCCACCGUGCCAGCCAUAAUCCCAGAUCUCACCCACCUCACAUUAACAUCCAGACCACAACAACUCCAUAAAUUCAUAUGCUCAUAAGUUAUAGGAGCAGAAUUAGGCUAAUCUGUUCAUCAAGAAUCUGAAGAAUCUACUCUGCCAUUCAAUCUAUCCCCAUCAGAAACACACACACACAGAGUGCACAAACAUAGCUGGUCGCUUCCUUCUUCUUUGAAGCAGUGGGAGUAAGAGUGAGGCAGACAAACUGAGGUAGAAUUUUGAAAUAAGACGCCUCCCUAAAAAGCUUUUGAUUUGAGACGUUGAGUUAGUUGCCAUGAGAGUGGAUGUUAUCAUUAAAAUUUUAAUCACCUUGACCCCUGUUCUGAUUCAUUAUUAAUGACAUUUAUCCUUCAAAAUCUAACACACUUAUACAAAUUGAGUCUAUUUUUUAAGUUUUAUUUUAAUGCUUGCUGACAGUUCUUUGGCAUUUGCUAUCGUGUGUCACAUAUUGUAAAACUAAUAGUAUGAAGACUGAGGAAUUGAGUCUGAGGAAGGGUCCCGACCCGAAACUAUCCAUGUUCGAAGGUAGACACAAAAUGCUGGAGUAACUCCGUUGGACAGGCAGACAUGUCAAGACCCUUCUUCAGUCUGAAAACCAGGAAAAACCCAAAACUUCACCCAUUCCUUCUCUCCAGAGAUGCUGUGUCUAUCUCUGAUUUAAACCAGCAUCUGCAGUUCCCUCCUACAUACCUAUCCAUGUUCUCCAGUGAUGCUGUCUGACCUGCUGAGUCGCUCCAGCACAGUAUCUCUUUUUUUUGGUGUAAACCAGCAUCUGCAGUUCCUUGUGUCAUAGAAACAUAGAAAAUAGGUGCAGGAGGGGGCCAUUCGGCCCUCCGAGCCAGCACCGCCAUUCAUUGUCUGAUCGUCCCCAAUCAAUAACCCGUGCCUGCCUUCUCCCCAUAUCCCUUGAUUCCACUAGCCCCUAGAGCUCCAUCUAACUCUCUCUUAAAUCCAUCCAGUGAUUUGGUCUCCAUAGCCCUCUGUGGAAGGGAAUUCCACAAAUGCACAACUCCCAUUACCCUACCCAAUAUUAUUUCUCACCUAAUGAACAUUUCUUUCAGUUCCUCUACCCCCUUAUAUCCUCUGUCCUCCAGUACUUCUGGGAGAUUGUUUGUGUCUUCCUUAGUGAAAACAGAUCCGAAGUACCUGUUCAACUCUUCUGCCAUUUCCUUGUUACCCAUAAUAAUUUCACCCGUGUCUGCAUUCAAGGGACCCACAUUUGACUUUGCUAUUAUUUUUUCCUUAACAUAUCUAAAGAAGCUUUUACUGUCCUUCUUUACAUUCCAGGUCAGCUUCCCCUCGUACUUCAUCUUUUCAGCCCGUAUUACCCGUUUUGUUUCCUUCUGUUGUCCCAUGAAAGUUUCCCAAUCCGAGCAGAGAUUCCCCACUGUGUAUUGGAGCUGGUCCAAUGUGCUUUGGUAACUGGUGAGAAUUCAACAACUUAUGGUAUACAUUAACCAUGUUAUGUUGCAGCCAAUAAUUAAACUUUAUUUCAAUAUUACUUCGGUCACAAAACGUUAAGAUGGUAAACAAAAUACAAAGUGUUGUGAAAACUCAGUGAGUCAGUCAACAUCUGUGGAGGGAAUGGGUAACUUGUAUCAUUACAUAUGGUAACACGUCUGCUGCAAUAUAGGAAACCAGGCUUCACAACCUAGCCUCCAAAAUAAGAACCUAAGCACUACCCCUCUCCACUCCCCUUGCUCUUUCCCUCCCCCCAAUGCCCCCUUUCCUUCACUAAACGUUGGCUAGCCAAUUCCACACUGUCCUAGGAUCACACCAUCCCUAACCAAGAAUCAGCCUAUCAAGGAACCUCCCUGCCUAUCUGUUGCAGGCCAUGGUUUGUCCUGGUCUAUUCUUCCUUCCAUCUCCCCCCCCUUCAUCACCACUCUCUACAAUCAGACUGAGAAAGGGUCCCGACCCAAUACAUUACCAAUCCAUUUUCUCCAGAGAUGCUGCAUGACCCGUUGAGUUACUACAACAGUUUGUGUCUAUCUUUGGUAUAAACCGACAUCUGCAGUUCAUUUUUGUUAUAUUAUAAGAAGCUAAAUGUAAGAAAUGGAAGCAGAAGGAAGCCUCUCUUCUUUCUCCAUCAUUCAAUGAAGCCAUGGCUGAUCGUUUAACUCAGUGCCAGUCUCCUACACCAAACUGGUGAGAUUCCCUUAAAGUCUAGAUAUAUGUUGGUCUCUGCCUUGAAUGUUCAUUCCUCGAUGCCUCAGGAGAGCAUGAAACCAGGAUUCCCAUGCUGGCUGGGACUUGUUACCUGUGAUACAUUGGACGUUUGGCCCUCUACAUAAGGCCAAGGCAUUUCAGUGUCCCAUAACAGUUUAGUGACCAUCUGUUGACGUCAGAGCAUUGCAGAGUGGACAAUGGAAAGUUGAGGUAGAGAGGUGGAGGUGGAGGGGGAAGGAGAGGGGCAGAAGAAUAAGAACCACAUCCUUUACUGCAUCAUUCAAAUACAUAAUGAUUGAAACCCAAAGUAACACAACAGUGCUAGGCAUGUUCAUUCUAGAUUAGAUCCUUAUCUUGCCUUUAGUUUAGUUUAGUUUAGUUUAGAAAUACAGCGCGGAAACAGGCCAUUCGGCUCACCGAGUCAGCGUCGAUCAGUGAUCCCUGCACAUUAACACUAUCCUACACAUAGUAGGGAUGAUUUAUAAUUAUACCAAGCCAAUUAACCGACAAAUCUGCACAUCUUUGGAGUGUGGGAGGAUCCCGGAGGAAACCCACGCAGGUCACGGGGAGAACGUACAAACUCCAUGCAGACAGCAUCCAUAUUCAGGAUCAAACCCAGGUCUCUGGCACUUAAGGCAGCUACUGCAACUUAAAAUAGGAAAGCUUGUUUAGUCCUCUUUAUAGGGUGUGGGAAGCAGUAGCUCUUCAGUUUUAUCAGAUGUUGAUAUACCACACAGGAAUACCAUGUUACUUCUCUGCAGUUGAGACAAAGUCCAAAUUGAGCUGUAACGGGCAUGCAUGAACUAUUAGAUUCGAUGACGAAAGGAUGGGACCACUAAUGUCUGGAAGUGUUUUUACUGUGGCAGGACAGUGCACAUGUAGUUGAUCAUUAGCAUUCACUUAUAGCUUAAAGGUUGUUGAAGUUACAAUGUAAUACAUCUUUUGUAAGUAUCUUGAAAUGGUUCGGCUGAUUGAUGUGCAGUUCAUACAUGUUCCCGCUCCAUUCAUCAUAAAUGUUCCCACUCAUGAACCUACAUACCACAUCCACACACUCUCUAAAUCAUCCAUUGAACUCCAAUAUGAAGCAAUUGACACAUCAGUAGAUCUUUCAGCCAUUCGUAUCAAUCAAUUGUUUCUGAGUAAAUGGUAAAAAACUAAAUAAAUCAGUUCAUUUUUCUUGUUCCCAUUUUCUGCAAAUCAUAUAUGAAUUGUGCUCAUAUGGGCUAUUGCAUGAAGCACUUGGUCUCUUCAAGCUUCCCAGACCCUUGAUCCACUAAAACAUCUCCAAUGACCACAAUGGCAGCACAAUGGUGCGGCUGGUGGAGUUGCUGCCUCACAGUGCCUGAGACGCGGGUUCGAUCCUGACCUCGGGUGCAGUCUGUGUGGAGUUUGCACGUUCUCCCUCUGACCGUGUGGGUUUCGUUCAGGUUCUCCUGGUUUCCUCCCACAUCCCAAAGGCAUGCAGGUUUGUAGGUUAUUUGGCCCUCUAUAAAUUGCCCUGAAAUUGAAGAGAGCAGAUGUGAAAGUGGGAUAACAUAGAACUAUUGCGAAGAGUUGAUUGAUGGUUGGCGUGGACUCAAUGGGCCGAAUGUCCUGUUUCUAUGCCGUAUCUUUCAAUCAAUCAAUUCAUGGUAUUAUGGUGCUGCUUGUCCUGCCGAGUAACUUUGUGUUCAGCCCACUAAUAUGUUUGAUUUUUGCUUGCAAGCAAAAACAAUGCAUGUUCAUUACCAGCCUCAGGUAGUCUGAAGAAGGGUCUUGACCCAAAACAUCACCUAUCCAUGUUCCCCAGCAUGGUCCAUGCUGCCUGACCUGCUGAAUUACUCCAGCAUUUUGUGUCCUUUUUUAUAAACCAGCCUCAAGGUCUGCAUGGGUUCAACCUUCACGCCUUUAGGGACAGUGCUGGCUUAUAGUGGACCAGCUGCCAUGAAGCCCGAGGAGCAAUGCUGCUGCUGCGAUCACCGAAGCUGACAGUACAUGCUCGCGUUCCAUCUCCUCAUUAUCGCACAAUCUCUUCACAAUGUAAACAAACACCUCAAGUCCUCUUCCCCUUACAAAGUCGCCAUGCUUGUGCCUUUCUUCUUUCAAAUAGCCAAGACUCCUAUCUGAUCAUAUGGCAACCAAGUACCAAGAUAGUGAUGAAGGGACAACAGUCACACAAACUAGCAAUCCCAGUCAAAGCUCAGAUGUCGGCACUGAAGGUACUGUAGAGAGAAGUUUAGAGGUGAAGUCCGCACAUGCUGAGUAACAGAGGGCGGUAGCCUGUGGUUAGGGCAGGGUGGCACAGCAGUAGAGUUGCUGCCUUACAGCGUCAGGGACCCAGGUUCAAUCCUGACUACUGUUGUUGUCUGCAGGGAGUUUGUAUGUUUUCCCUGUGACCGAAUGGGUUUUCUCCAGGUGCUCAGGUUUCCUCCCACACUUCAACGAUAUGCAGGUUUGUAGGUCAAUUGGCUUCUGUAAAUUGUAAAUUGGAUCUUCUGUCGAGGAUAGUGCUAGUGUACGGGGUGAUCGCUGGUCAGCAUGGACUCGCUGGGCCGAAGGGCCUGUUUCCACAUUGUAUGCCUAAAGUCUAAAGUUGAAACUAAAGGUUAUUGGUAGUUCAGGUGCCAGCACACCAAAUGUUACAUGUGAUUUCUGUUCUCAAAUAUUCCCAUGAUGAUUGGGUUUGUAGCCUGCUGGCAAAAGCUGCCAGGGGAUGAAUAGUGUAUUGUUUGCUUGCCCCUUAAUGCAAUGUUUCAUGUGGGUUUGAGAUGUCAACUCAUUCACAUUGAUUAGCACGGGUGUUAGUGGUUAUGGGUAGAAAGGAAAGAUAGAUCAGCCAUGAUUGAAUGGUGGAGUUGACUUGAUGGGCCGAAUGGCCUAAUUCUACUCCUAGAACUUAUAUGAACUUAUGAGCUCGCAGCUUGUUCUGUUCACACUAAGGAAAAUGUUACAGCCCAUUUGUUAACUCCAAGCUCCUGGUUGUCUGUACAUCCUCUUUGGUCUGCAUGCAGUAUUGCAAGGGACAAGUGAUCCAAACCCAACAUGGGUGCACUGUGUAGGAGGAAACUACAGAUACUGGUUUAAAUUGCAGAUAGAUAUCUUCCAUGUCUACACUUAUCUGAAGAUCAAUAUCUCAGCUCUGUGGCAGUGCUGGCAAAAACCAGGGGCUGAACGAGAAGCUCAGAUGCCCUUUAUGCAAGGUCAGUCUGCAACAUCUUCCACUGCAGGUUGACAACAUCCAGCAGCAAUGCUGCAGCCACUGAGGAAACACUGAGGCUGUCCUGAAACAGGGCAGGGCACAGAGAGAGCAGAGAGAUGUUAUGAUUGAAAACUUUGCUGUAUCGAAGCUGAGGUGAUUAAACACAGGGAUAAUGAUGAAUGGCCCCGGUGAAUGAAUGGCACACUAAUGUGGAAGUGCCUCCUGCACACGCACACUGCCGUUCUUCCACUCCUCCCUCAUCCUGCUCUGAGACCCUGCUCCUCUUUCUUCUCAUGUCGAAUGCUGCAAUGUUCAGGCCCAAUACUUGAGUGGCUUGAAUUUAAGUUCCACCUUAAUAUCCCCAUGCUCCCUAAUGACUUGAGACCACAGAGAUGCAGCAUGGAAACAGGCCCUCCAGCUCGGGUCCGCACCGACCAGCCAUCAUUCAUACACCUGCACUAUCCUACACACUCGGGGCAAUGUACUAGUUUACCGAAGCCAAUUAACCGACAAACCCUCUACUUCUUUGGAGUGUGGGAAGAAACCGGAGCACCCGGAUAAAACCCAUGUGGACACGGGGCGAAUGUAUAGACUCCAUACUGACAGCACCCAUAAUCAGGAUCAAAGCCAGUCUCUGGCACUGUAAGGCAGAAACUCUACCACUGUGCCGCCGUGCCACCCCAAAUUUAACUCUAACCAGCAAGAAAGGCCAGCAGAUGUGUCCAUAAUGUGCAUCUCAUCAAUGGCCACGUUGAUGGAACGGGGAGGUUCUUGUCGCUAGACACCAUGUUCUCCAGGAGAGGACACAUGGCUUCAGCUGGAUCACUGUGUUUGGGGUUGAAUCUACAUUGUAAGGGAAUUGCAGCAACAGCCUGUUACUCAACAUGCUUCCAGUGUGUGGGAUUGAGGCACACACACUACUGUGCCAAUCAACGUGCCUGGUUACAUGGGCCAUGCUAUGGAUGUGCUUGCGAUUCUCAUGCAAGACUGGAAGCAAGGCGGCAUUUGAGGGUUCAAAACAACCAAUGUUAUGAGAGCAAUUUUGCAACUCGUAUAUUUGGAAGCAGGAUCUGUGUGGUAAAUCAACAUCUAUACCUGCAACUUUCUUCUGCCUUGUUUUAGACAGGUGGACAAGCAGAUUUUACAUUUUCUGAAGUGAUUAGUCAGGGUCUCACACAGAGUGGUGAGUCUGUGGAAUUCUCUGCCUCAGUGGGCGGUGGAGGCAGGUUCUCUGGAUGCUUUGAAGAGAGAGCUAGAUUGGGCUCUUAAAAUUAGCGGAAUCAGUAGAUAUGGGGAGAAGGCAGGAACUGGGUACUGAUUGGGGAUGAUCAGCAUGAUCACAUUGAAUGGCAGUGCUGCCUCGAAGGGCUAAAUGGCCUACUCCUGCACCUAUCAUCUAUUGUCUAUUGGUAUCAAUCGAGCAGUUUAUUUUCCCUUCAGUAAACUGUUCAAACAACACAAAUUUUGGUCAUGGGUAGAAAUCUCUCCUUGGCAAUUCCCUGCUAGAACCUGGAGUUUAGUGCACACUGGGACAAUGCCACCUGGUGUCUUGCAUCACGCUCGUGAUACAAGGAACUGCAGAUGUCAGAAUCUUGAGCAAUACACAAAAUGUCAGAGCAACUUAUUGGGUCAGGUACCAUCUGUGAAGGAAUGGAUUGGCGAUGUAUCCGAUCAAGACCCUUCAUCAGACAAGCGUCUCGACUCGAAACAUCACCUGUUCAUGUCCUCCACAGACGCUGCUUGACCAAUUGAGUUCCUCCAGCACUUUAUAUUUUGUUGGUGCUUUGUAAAAUGUGCUUGGCGUAUGUACCCCAGAGCAAAACCUCAUUUUAAAUUCCAGAAUAUAACAAAAUGACCAUUUCUCCUCAUGGAAACUGGGUGGAGGAUUCUUUGGGAUAGAGAGAGUCAGCUUUUUUUACACAAGUAUUAAGGCAUUUGGUUACAGUAGUUUCAAACCAAACCUUCCUCAGAUCAAGAAUGUUUGAUGCUGACAUCUUGAGUUCAUGCCUGGUGUCAGAAUGGGCUGUCAGUCGAAGGUCUCCAUUUCUAUUAAAAACUGAUCAAAGUAUGGAUGAUAUAUACUUAGAAUUUUAUUUUUCACUGAACACAAUCAUCCAAAAGUGAGAAGUUUUAUGUUACAGUUGCAAGUUAAAUAAUCUAUCAGUUCAAUGUCAGUUUAGUUUAUUGUCACAUGUACCAAGGCACAGUGAAAAGCUUUUGUUGCAUGCUAACCAGUCAGCAGAAAGAAAAAAACAUGAUUACAAUCAACCCAUUGUAUAGAUACGUGAUAAGGGAAUAACGUUUAGUGCAAGGUAAAGACAGCAAGGUCCGAUCAAGGAUAGUCCGAGGGUCACCAAUGAGGUAGAUAUUAGUUCAGCACUGCUCUGGUUGUGGUAGGAAGAUCUAGUUGCCUGAUAACAGCUCUAUCUGUGUCACCCAAAUAUAAAGACCUUGAAUAUUCCCUGAACUUGAACUCUAUUUAGAAUUAUAAUUUAAUUUACAGCUUUACCAAUUUCACUGAAAUCAAUCAAAAGACUACAGAUGUGUCAAAUGAUAAGAUUUUGUCCCUGAGCAACUGAGAGAAAUUUCUUAUUGUGUCUGCCUUCAGUCAUUGUUCAAAGUGGUUGGAUUAGACUAUACUUGUACCUUGCCUACAGUGAUUGUAAUAGUUUUAUGAUAGGUAUUCGUCCAUUGAAAUGAAGAGCUGAAUACUUGAUUUUUCAGUUAGUAAAUGUAGCAGGUUUAUUUAUCUAUACUAAGGAGAGAAUGUGUGCAUGUGUGUAAUUUGGUGUUGACAUGGUUAGUCUAAGCUCUAACUCGACAGUGUACUCAUUCUUAGUAAAGGAACACACUUAGCUCCCUGUACAUUUUUUUCAUUUAACCUUUGCGCUCAUCAAGGUGGUGAGGGGUGUAUAUGUUAACAAUUGGGACAUUUUUCAAUACUUGGAUGCUAAGAGGUCUUCCCUCAACUAUGUCACAAUAUCUCCCCUGCCCCAAACCCAACCAGGCUUCUAUGACAAUACUUUCUCACAAGAACAAAUUUGUUGCAUCUUUGGUGGAAAGAUUUAAUAGGAAACUGAUGGGUCAAUUUUUCACGCAAAGGGUGGUGGAUGUACGGAACGAGCUGCCUGAGGAGGUAGUUGAAGCAGGGGCUAUCGCAAUGUUUAGGAAACAUUUGGACAAGUAUGUGGAUAGGGCAUGUUUGGAGGGAUAUGGGCCAAACUCAGGCAGGUGGGACGAGUGUGGAUGGGACAUGUUUGCCAUUGUGGGCAAGUUGGGCCUGUUUCCACGCUAUAAGACCAUGACUCUGUGACUGAAAUUGUGGAAACCUUGAGCUUUUCAACUAAAUUAAAUUUUGAUGAAGAUGACCUGAUUAUUGCACUUGAAGCCGUCAAGAGUAAAAUCAAUGUGUUGCGAAACUCUGAAAAUAACUCCGGCUUUUGUGAUGUUUGCGGGCAGAUCUCUGCGACGAUUGAAUAAAACACUUUCUUUGAGCGUUGUUUUGCCUGAGUAGAGCAAGCUCACUUAACACAGUAUCUGGAUUACAGCCGCAGCCUGGAUCAUAUCCGCAUGGAUGAUCUGACAUCAGGCAGCGGCACUCAAUAGUCAGAUUGGAACGUACAUGUUUUGUUUGGAUCAAUCUGACAAAAUGAAUCAUAAAACAGUGGUGCAACUUCCAGGCUGGAUUUUAAUGUUACAGUCAGCAUUGUUGAAAAAUAAUCAUAAAGCACCCACAACACUUUGAGAAAGGAUUGAUUUGAAGGCAGUGGGAUGUAUCUGUCAGCCACGAACAAUUGCAGUUUCAAGUCAGAGCAAACCAAAUGUAACCAAUCAUUUUUCUGACAUCAUAAAUACUUUUCAGUCUUUCCAGGUGCGACAGAGGUUCACCUGCACCUCCUCCAACCUCAUCUAUUGCAUCGGCUGCUCUAGAUGUCAGCUGCUCUACAUCGGUGAGACCAAGCGUAGGCUUGGCGAUCGCUUCGCCGAAAACCUCCGCUCGGUUCGCAAUAACCAACCUGACCUCCCGAUGGCUCAGCACUUCAACUCCCCCUCACAUCCUGAAUCCGACCUUUCUGUCCUGGGCAUCCUCCAUGGCCACAGUGAGGGCCACCGUAAAUUGGAGGAGCAGCAUCUCAUAUUUCGCUUGGGGAUGUUUGCACCCCAGUGGUAUGAACAUUGACUUCUCUAAUAUCAGCCCACUGGCUCCUCCUCUUCCUUCCUUCUUCUCCCCCCCACCCUCGCAUAAGUCUGAAGGAGGGUUUUGGCCUGAAACAUUGCCUAUUUCCUUCGCUCCAUAGAUGCUGCCUCACCCGCUGAGUUUCUCCAGCACUUUUGUCCACCUUCGAUUUUCCAGCAUCUGCAGUUCCUUCUUAAACAUAAAUUAUUUUCUGUUUCUUUUCACCUAUUUUAUUCUUUCCAUUUAUUCUGAGGUGCAUACAAUACUUAAAAAAAAAUCUUUGAGUGCAUUAAAUGCACUGAAUCACCCAUGGCCAUAUCCUAAAAUUCAAUGUUCGAACUGAAUGCCACAUAUUCUACAAUUGCAGUCUGCAAUAUAAUGUGGAUUAAAAAUCAUUAUUGAUACAAAGCCCUUUCCAUUUACUGCAGUGUAGCAGUAAGAUGUUUGUGCUAACAUCAAAUCUCAUUUAUGAUCACCUUUCAAGGCCUGAGUUUAAAUCUUUGUUCCCUUCAGAUUAAUUUCGUACCAGACCCGUAACAACAAAUCAUCUUUCUGCAUGUACUUAUUCAUAAAAAGUUUAGUUUAGUUUAGAGGUACAGCGCGGAAAAUGGACCUUCGACCCACCUUUCCGCAAUGACCAGAGACCCCCAUACACCACCAGAAUCCUAACAACACGGGGGACAAUUUACAAUUUUACCAAGCCAAUGAAGCUACAAACCUGUAUGUCUGGAGUGUGGGAGGAAACUGCAGCUCCCAUGGAAAACCUACUCGGGUCAUGGGGAGAACGUACAAACUCCAUACAGACAGCAUCCAUAGUCAGGAUUGAACUUGGGUCUCUGGCGCUGUAAGACAGCAACUCCACCGCUGCGCCACCGUGCCGCCCGUUGUACAUGAUCUUCACAAAUGCCAUGGUGAUCGGUAUUGGUGCAGGAAAAGUAUCCAUCCCAGGCCACCUCACCAACAACCCACGCUCUCUCUAUCCCAGUAUUAGUAUAAUGUUCACCAGUUACAAGUCAUGGAUUAUAUGGCAGGGCUCAGCAAAGCUUUCAUCCCACUGGUUUAAUCUCACGCUCAGGGGAGAUCCAUAUUCUCAUGCUGUGGACUGACUGCAUCCAGGAGUCUGCAGUACUUCUAAUGAGUUAAUAUUACUGAAGCAAAACUCACAUAUGACUUUUCUCACUCUGCUAGUAAUACUCAGACGGAGCUCAGCCUCCCUUUGAUUCUUUUUCUGGCACCAUACGUAAUACGGGUGUCAGGGGUUAUGGGGAGAAGGCAGGAGAAUAGGGUCAGGAGGGAGAGAUAGAUCAGCCAUGAUUGAAUGGCUGAGUAGACUUGACGGGCCGAAUGGUCUAAUUCUACUAUCACUAAUAAUACACAUCAGUACCACCAUACUGCUCAUCAUAGCUUAUCAUGGAUACUUUAAUAUGCAGCACCUAUGCGGCAAACGUCCUAAAUUGUUCAUCAUUGUCUACUUUAAUUAUAAUCUGCCAUGGGAAAAUCCUAUUUAUCUGUUUUACACAAAGAAUACAAAAAAACGGAUUUAAAGAAAAGCCACAUAUAUUGCAGAGAGAAAAACACAAAAUCAAAUAUGAAAUGCAAGAAAUGGCAUAGGCUUACCUUUGACUCCUUUUAAUACCAUGCAAUGCUCUCUAAGGAUCUUAAUAUUUAAUUUUGCACGUAAUGAACAGUCAAGCUCAUUUAUAAUGAAAGGGGUCUUGUGAUUGGGGAUAGGGUUGAGUGAGAUUUAGCAGAAUCAGUGGUUUCAGCAUUGAAUGAACAUCUGGCCAGAUUACAGCCAGUGAGCUGUGCUGUAUUGAUAUUUAACAUGGGUUUCACACAAAGAGUGGAGGGUGUAUGGAACAAGCUGCCAGUGGAGGUAGUUGAGACAGGUACAUGAUAUGACAGGUUUGGAGGGAUAUGGGGCCAAACCUGGGCAGGUGGGACUAGUGCAGCUGGGACAUGUUGGCCGGUGUGGGAGGGUUGGGCCGAAGGUCCUGUUUCCAUGCAGUAUCACUCUAUCACUCUAUGACACUGUGGGUGUCAUUUUUACUCAGCAGCUUAAUCCCACCGCAUUCACGAAGAACCCAAAAGGAUAUGAUUGCUUGUGUUGCCACCUGCUGCUCUAUGUAUAAAAAUGACCUAGAGUGUAGGGAGUGGAUGAGAAUGUGACAUGCUAUAGAAGUAGUGAGAACUGGUCGGCAUGGACUUGGUGGGCCGAACGACCUGUUUCCAUGCCGUAUCUCUGAAGAACACAGAACUUCCCUGAAGAGAUCAGAUGUGGUGUACAUCUGUGACUCUCCUCACCGCGCUGAGUGUAACAGUUGCUAUGAGGGUUAAACCCCGUAGUUACAGUGGAGGUCAUGCGUCUAGAACAUCAAUGGUGGCAGAUUGAUGCCCCUCCUUAACAUGUUCUGAUGGUCAGUAAUCAAAACAGAAAUGGCAGUAGCCAGCGAGAAAUCUCCAACCAGCCUCUUGAAUAAAGUGCAGUGUAAAGUGUGGACAAAGGCAGGUGAGAACUGUUACAAAGCACACAAUAUUAAAAUCAUUUGCAAAUGAAUGUAGUGAAUAAAGAAAUAAAAAUGUUGAUGUGUAAUUCUUUUGGAAUGAACGAGUGAGACUCUUGUAAAAGUGACCCAAACCUGAGCAACUGAAGUCUUCGAGCGCUAUUUUAAGUUAAAGCUAAGUAAAAGGACAACGCAACCUUGGAACAAGAUGAUAAAAAAAAAGGCAAGUUGGCAGGAAACAAAUCUUCAGGCAAAAUAUCACGGAUUUAUUCAAGAGGUGGAGACUGUGAAUUUGUGUUUGAAUUUAUGAUCCUUGUUUCAUUUAUUGGAUCUGUAGAAAGUAUUUUGUUUUAAUGAAAGUUCUUUCUGACAAUCACAGCGUGAGGUUUUUUUUGUUGUAAAAUAUCCUUUUGUUUUGCAUAUUUGCUGACCACGUUACUCUGUGACAGUCUAUGUGCCGGUCAGGUUACUUUCUGUGGGCAUAGAGACAAGCUGUUGUAUAAGUUUUGUACAAUAUUUACUCCAUAGUUAACUUGGGUGCACAGUAUUAGCUGCUGUUUACUACUAAAGGAGACGUGUAGGUUCCAGUGUUGAAAAUCACACUUUUAGUAUGUUUGCCAUCGGAAGAUCUAAUUUUAAAAGUCUUUUUUAAAAAUAAAAAAAAAUCUCUUUUCUGGCAAAUAUUUUUGUUGUGUGCUUGUUGUGGUUAAAUCAAACCCUUUUUGAUGAAGUGAUGGAAUUCCUCCAUUUGGCGUCUGUCUCAGGCAAGCCUGAGCCGACCAUAAUAUUCAGAGUCUGUUGUGAGAGCAAAUGUGGUGAUCAUUCUUAAAAUAUUUCCUCUGCUCUAAGAGAUAAUAUGAGCCAGACUCUUAUCAUUGCCCUGCAGUAGCUGGCAAAUGUUUAGAGUUUAGAGUUUAGGCUUUCAAGAUGCAGCACAGAACCAGGCCUUGCUGCCCACCAAGUCCACGUCCAUCAGCAAUCACCCCAUACUC